GUUGGCACUUAGCACAAAGGUUGUGAUUCUGACUGUCUGAGACGUAUAUACAUGCAGAACGAGCAGCGAGAGAGCGAGUGAAAGAGAGAAAUAGCGCACAUUUAGGGUCUUGGUCUUCCCCAAUACGAUAUCCCAAGGUGAGUGAAUGAGUGCGUAAUCCACUGAUUUCAUCCCAUUUGAUUUUCUUCUCCGAGUUGCAACUACGCAGUUGAAUUCGGAGCUCUCUCUAAACCCGAAAUUUCAUCUCGUAAAUGACGAUAACGACGACGAAAAUUGUGUGUGAGAUAGAAGUGUUUUUGUCAUUUGCAGGGAGCGAGUGUGAGAAAUUUAGAGAGAGAGGGUUGAGAGAUUCACGAAGAAGAGUUCGAGAGAUUUUUUUUCCUAUUUAUUUUUCAUGUUUUAGGGUUUUCACUCUCUCUGUAGCUUUAGAUUGCGUUUCUUUGAUCCCAAUUGAAUUUUUUCAUGGAGCAGCGAAAGCUUAUGGUUAGUUAUGCAUGUUGAAUUGAAAAUCCUGUUCUUGAAAAUCUUGCUUCGAAAAAAUUACGAAUUUAACUUUUUGUGCUCAUGAGAAUUGUAUCUUAGGUUACGGGUAUCCCGUGGGACGUUGAUAAUGAGGGCUUGAAAGAAUAUAUGAGCAAAUUUGGUGACCUAGAAGAUUGUUAUGUUAUAAAGGUUAGCUAUUGCUUUCGGUUAUUUUUUUCCUGUUAUUCUUGAGGAAGACCUAGAAAAACUAUAAGAGAAGUCAUUAAGAAAGAUCUCGAGAUUAACGAUUUGGAUAGAAGCAUGGUUCUUGAUAGAACAUUAUGGCGAAAGUUGAUCCAUAUAGCUGAUUCCACUUAGUGGGAUAAGGAGCGGUCAACUGGCCGGUCUCGCGGUUUUGGAUAUGUUACAUUUACAUCAGUGGAUGAUGCUAAGAAUGUGCUAUCCAGUGAACACAUUCUGGGCAAUAGGAUGCUGGAAGUCAAAGUGGCCACACCAAAGGUUUUAAGACGUAUACUAUAAAAUUAUGAUUAUUAACUUCUAGUCUACUCAUUAAUGGAGGAGAUGAGGGCACUCAAAAAGGUUUCCAGAAUCUUUGUGGCAAGGAUUGCCCCAUCAGUAACAGAAGCAGUUUUUAGGAGUCAUUUUGAGAAAUACGGUGAUAUAAUAGAUUUGUUUAUGCCAAAGGGUCGAGGAUCUAAACCACAUCGAGGAAUUGGUUUUAUCACUUUUGCAAGUGCAGAUUCUGUAGAGAGCUUGAUGAAAGAAAUCCAUGAACUGGGAGGAUCUGAUUUGGUGGUUGAUCGAGCAACACCUAAGGAAGAUGAUUUCAAGCCAAUUGGCAGAACCAGAACGUCACAAGGAGGAUAUGGUGCAUAUAAUAAUGCUUAUAUUUCUGCACCAACUAGAUAUGAAGCACUUGGUGCUCCGACUAUGUAUGACCAUCCCAGUUCAAUUUAUGGAAGGGGAGAGCCUGUUCGUGGAAUGAGCAAAAAGAUUUUUGUUGGCCAUCUUCCCCCGGAGGCAACCACAGAGGAUCUUCGCCUGUAUUUUGGAAGAUUUGGCCAUAUAUUAGAUGUUUAUAUUCCUAGGGAUGUCAAUAAAUCUGGUCAUAGAGGCUUUGGUUUUGUGACUUUUGCGGACUAUGGUGUUGCAGAUCAUGUCUCUCAAAGAUCUCAUGAAAUUUGUGGACAUCAGGUUGCCAUAGAUUCAGCUGCACCUCUUGAUGAUGCAGGGCCUAGUGGCAAUACUAUGGUGACUAGUAUGGAUUCUUUCAGGGCAUAUGGCGCUCCUGCGAGGCCAUAUUUUGAUCAUAGUCCUGCGAGGCCAUAUUUUGAUCAAAGUUCUGCAAGGCCUUAUUUUGAUCGAAGUUCUAUAAGGCCUUAUUUUGAUCAAAGUUCUAUAAGGCCUUAUUUUGAUCGAAGUUCUGUAAGGCCUUAUGUUGAUCAAAGUCCCGUGAGGCCUUAUGGGAGGAUGUACGAUAACUUGGAUCUCGACAAGUGGGGUUAUGGAGUUGCUAGUAGAAGACCAUCAAGAGCAGAUUGGAGGUAUAGACCAUACUAGGAUAGCAUGUUGCCACAUAAGCUUUCCAAUUUUCCAAAUGCUACUAUGGGUCUCAGGAAUUGAUGUGAAGGUCUUUAUCAAGAUGGUUUUAAAGUAUCAUCAACACUUAGAGUUGGAUUUUACAUGAUGCACUAAUUCAGAUUAAUUCUUUUUUGCCCACUGAACUUUAAUCUUGUAUUCACUUGUAAUAGUCAAUAUGAUUAAAUUAUAAAUUUUGAAAGGCAUGUUUUUGUUAUAAGAA